AUUAUGGGAAGAGACAAUGACAGUUACCAACAAGCAUUCAUCUUGGUGGGCUUUUCUGAUCGACCUCAACUGGAGGUAAUUCUCUUUGCUUUUGUCUUGGUCUUCUACAUCCUGGCCCUUGUGGGCAAUAGUGCCAUCAUUUUCUUAUCAAUCAUGGACACCAGGCUCCACACUCCCAUGUACUUCUUUCUUGGGAACCUUUCUUUCUUGGACCUCUGCUUUACAACCAGCAUUGCUCCCCAGCUGCUGUGGAACCUUUGGGGUCCAGAGAAGACCAUCACUUACCAAGGCUGUGUGGCCCAGCUCUAUACCUACAUGGUGUUGGGCUCAACCGAGUGUGUUCUCCUGGCUGUCAUGUCUUAUGACCGCUACGUGGCCGUCUGCCGGCCCCUGCACUACACUGUGGUCAUGCACCCACAUCUCUGCCUGCAAUUGGUGAUUGUGUCCUGGUUCUGUGGCUUUCUAAAUUCCUUUGUCAUGUGUCCCCAGACAAUGCAACUCUCCCGAUGUGGGCGCCACAAAGUGGACCACUUUCUGUGCGAGAUGCCUGCUCUUAUUGCCAUGUCCUGUGAAGACACCAUGUUGGUGGAAGCAUUUGCCUUUGUCCUGGGUGUUGCCCUUCUCCUGGUGCCCCUCUCCCUGAUCCUCAUCUCCUAUGGCAUGAUUUCUGCCACUGUGCUUAGGAUCAAAUCAGCAGCAGGGUGCAAGAAAGCUUUCAACACCUGCUCUUCUCACCUAACGGUGGUCUCUCUUUUCUAUGGAACCAUCAUCUACAUGUACCUGCAGCCAGCCAAUAGCUACUCCCAAGACCAAGGCAAGUUCCUCACCCUCUUCUACACCAUCGUCACUCCCAGUGUCAACCCCCUUAUCUAUACUCUGAGGAACAAAGAUGUAAAGGGAGCAAUGAGAAAGCUCCUGAAGGGGGAGAAGGAGGACAGGGAAGCCUAAGAAAGGGGAAUGCAGGGGUAAUAUAGAUGAUGUUCUGAGCUGCUCUCUUAGAUAUGUAUGAGACAAUGUGGUGAACUAAUAUUCAAAGAGUUAAGUGAAUGCAGCUGGGCAUGAUGAUUUGAG